CAGAAGAAUAAGGUAUGAGCUUGUUUUUAUAUUGGACAUGGAUGACAAUCUAAUGGAGGAGAGAUUUGUAUUUAUUUGGUGAAAUGACUCAAUGAGCAAAAUGUAAGAUGAAACAAUUAAGUUUUUAGACAUGGAAACCAAGGAAGAAGCUGAAGAAAAUGAAGACAAUCCACCAUUACCCCCCUGGGAAUUAAACCAUCUUUUGGAGGAGGAGGAAAAGGAGGGUGUCAAAGACAAAGUGGAUGGAGAGGCACAAAAUCUCAAGCAGUCAAGGAUCUCGGAUCCUUCAAGGUUGCCGCCAUUGGGGCAUAGGCGCACUCAGAGUGAAGUUCUAGCUGCAGGGCACCGGCGUAAUAAUAAUUUCCUGAGAAUGAAAACUUAUAUGCAGAAAGCUUUGCGAUGGGGAGGAGUUCCAAAGGAUGGAAAGUACCAGUCAAGCUUCAAUCCCGAGGUUCUGGCAAACCAGAAACGCCAGUGGUAUCAACUCCACUCCAAAACUAAGGAAAAGCUUAUAUAUGAGCAGCCCACUUCAGUCUUCGAGCACUUCAUUAUUGCCGGAAUUCAUCCUGAUACUGAUCUUGGGUCUGUGGCGGAAACCACUGCUAAGAGGAAGAAUUGGGAAACAGAUAUGAAAAGCUCCGGAAUGAUAGAUCUUAAAAUGAUAAAGAGUCACGGACCUCCAGCUCCAAUAUUUGAACCCAAGAUACUUUUUAGAUACCCUCCUGGGAAGAGGUUAUCUAUGCGCUUGAAGGACUUAGCCUCCUUUUGUUUUCCUGGAGGUGUCGAGGUUGGAAAUGGAAUCGAUUCGUCGAAGUUUGGGCUUUCUAUGGCAUUGUCAUUUGUAGUUUAUAUGAAAUCAGUUGAAGUGGCAGGAAAUGCUACGGUUUAUGGUGUUUGCUUGCAUGUACCAGAACUUGUAAAAAGGCAGCCUGGUAAUUUUGUUGGUGCAUCACUUCUUUCUGAAAUUUCAGGAGCAAGGAGCCAGUUUCUGGUUUCUGCACCCCGCUGCUAUUGUUUGCUAACUAGAGUUCCUUUCUUUGAGUUGCACUAUGAGAUGUUGAACAGUAUCAUUGCACAGGAGCGCCUGAAUCGAAUAACUGAAGUUGUUAGUGAAAUGAAUCCAUCUCUCAAUGAUAAUGCACUAUCUUUCUCAAAACAAGAUGAUCAAACAAAUAAUAACACCAUCGCUGACAAUCCCGAUAACAAGUAUGUUAAUGAUUGGAUGGCUUCUGCAAUGCCUUCUAACAGUACAGUGAUUCUUGGUGAUGCUACUGCCAAUGAUGAGGUUUCAUCUGCUUCUUUAAAGAUAGGUUCGCCACUUUCACCUGAAAGUGUAACUUCUAGUGAGGCUUUAGAAAGAGUCCUCUAUAUUGAUGAUAAUGUAUCCGAAGCCUCAGAAAAUCGUAUCAGUGCUUCAGAAAGAAUAAACGGCAACUUUGAAAAUGGGCAAAAUUCUUCAGAUAUUGGAUCAGUUGUCAGCUUGAGGAGCUGCACUUCUACUCAAUCGCUAUUCAGUCCAGCUAGAAGCCUGGCAUCAGAAGAUAAUGACGAGGAUGAUGACCUCUUCUGGAAUAAUGAAAAAGAAUGUGGAGAUGAUUCGAUAUUGGAAUGGGCUAAGGAAAACAAGAAUGAUCUUCUACAGAUAGUUUUUGGUUAUCAUGCUUUAGCUCUUCCUCCACGAGGAAGUGAAAUAGUUUUCCAGCCUCUUGAGCAUUUACAGGCUAUUGAGUACGAGAGACCUCCUAUUUCAGCCCUUGCAUUGGAUGAAAGCUAUUUUUAUUCAUUUGAAGCAGCUGGGAUCAAUGCAAAAUUGGCGGCAGCGGAGGAAGCUCUUGCACUUUCAGUAUGGACAACUGCAACGAUUUGCCGAGUUUCUCUCUUGAUGAUUUUGGAUGUGCUCGCAGGAGUACUACUGGAAAAACAGGUUGUAGUAGUUUGCCCGAAUUUGGGCGUUCUAUCGGCUGUUGUGUUAGCGCUUAUUCCUAUCAUUCGUCCAUUUCAAUGGCAAAGUCUAUUACUUCCGGUUCUGCCGGUGACGAUGCUUGAUUUUCUUGAUGCACCUGUUCCAUUUCUUGUUGGCGUACAAGAUAAACCCGCUGAUUUGAAAAUGAAAACAACAUCUAAUCUUGUUCAAGUUAAUCUGCCUAAGAAACAGGUGAAAACAUGUUACGUGCCGCCACUUCCUCAACGUAAAGAACUUGUAUCGGAACUAGGGCCGAUACAUUCGAGACUCUCCUAUGAAGGCUCGAUUGCUAAGAAGCAUCAUCCUACAUAUAGGUGCAAUGAAGCGCAGGCUGAAGCCGCAACCCAAUUUUUGGCAGUCAUGAGGGAAUACCUAGAGUCGCUUUGUGAAAACCUGAGGUCUCACACAAUUACUAAUGUACAAUCGAACGAUGACAGGGUUUCUAUACUACUUAAAGAUAGUUUUAUCCACUCUUUUCCGGUCAAUGACCAGCCUUUCAUUAAGCUGUUUGUAGACACACAAUUAUUCACUGUUCUAUCAGAUUCUCGUCUGUCAAGUUAUGAGAAUGAGCGCUAACUUAAAAACCCCACCCCACCA